AUGCCACCACUCCCAGGGGAAGAGAGACUGGUCACAGUCUAUGCCGACAUUCACUACUACUUUGCGCCGCCCACAGUUCGACCUGUACUUCACCGCUUCGACAAGGCCUCUUACUUCUACAUCUACCACAACAGCACCAGAGGUUUCACUAGAAUAGAGGUCGCAAAUAAUCCUGGCACACCUGACCAAGAUGCGUUCAACGGCCAACUUGACAAUUGUCGCAUCAUCAACUCGCACAAGUUUCCCACCCUCAUGACCCUGGUUGUGGACGGUGCGGGCUCCGGCGCAUCCUCACCGUCAUCGAGACAAGCCCGCGACCCUGAAGAGUGGCGCUUGCUCAGUGCCGAUCCGAGAGACACCGGCAAGUCCAAAUACAGGUUGCAUACUCUAGACAUCUACUUCUGGGCUCAAGAAGAUGCGAAACUCGUCGUGGACAAUUUGCGGGGUCUUCUCCAGCCCGCGCAACUUGACAUUGUGCAGCUCGAACCUGAGCCCGAGCCCGAGCCCGAGCCAGCACCAGUCCAGAACGCAAGAGCUGACAUGAUGAGUCCUUUGGUUCAGAACCUAGAGAACGUUGCUAUAUCGGAUCCUGCAUACCAGAACGGUCAGACCCGAAACUCUCAGAAUCACCCUCAGGCAGUGAAUCUUCCACCACCUCCACCAACAAAUCCUCACCAGUCCACCAAUUCCAUCUCACCUCAGACUGCUUCACCGCAAUCCACUACAAGACAGGAACAGCCACAGGCAUUUGUCCCCAUGGCCUACGACCCAGCAGCUCCCCCUGCUCCCGAGCCCAUCGCCCAUCGUGAGGACACCCCCCCGCCCCCAGACGAUGGCCAUGGCACGGGGCUCGCAGCAGCGGCCAUACAUGACCAACGCCCUUACCAACCCGGACAGCCACCCUCUCAAGCAUAUCACCCCGGACAGCCCUCAGCUCAGCCCUAUCAACCAGGUGUUCCAUCAUCACAGCCCUGGACCGGAGGCCCUCCCACCGCGACCCAACAGCGCUACACUUCACCCUUCACAGCUCCACCGCCGCAGUCCACACCCCUUUCGUUCGCUGGACCGCCAAACACAGCAUCACCCGCAAUCGGUGCCACUUCCACGACCCCGUCUCGUCACGGCUCCACCGCCGCUGCGCAGUAUGUCCCUGACAGAAACUCACAAAGCUACCAGCCCACAGCCCACCAACCUGUCGAAACCCCAGGCUCACAGUUCUACAAUACACUUCCUAACCCCGUGGGCACCUCCGGCUCCGUUUCACCGCACAAGCCGCUGCAACACGUCCAGCCGCAGUACAUGGACUACUUGUCCUCUGGCGGUGGGCCUCCACCCGGCGGCUACGCGCACUUCAACUACGGCGCCGCGUCGCAGCAGGGAAUGCUACCGGCGCACAUGCAGGCUCAGCAGCAAAACCAGCAACACCAAGGCGGAAGCCCUUAUGACGUGCACGGCCAGGUGUACCGCCCCACCGAGGCCGAGGCUCAAGCGUACCACGAAAAGCACCAUGGGAAACGACCAAGCAAGUCGGGUUCGCAUUACGAGAGCAGGACAGAGAAAGGAGAGAAGAAGGUCAGUGGCUGGAUGAAGAAGCUGGAGAGUAAGGUUGGCUUGUGA